UCAACGUACGCGAGCGGUCAUUCGAUUUUUAAAUAAUAACGGUUAAAUUGCGUAGUUGGUGAAUGUUAUUUUUAAAUAAACAAAAAGGAUACAUAAACUAUGGAAUGUGUUGAUUUCUUGCAAAAUUAGUUAUAGAAAUGGAGCCGUCGAAAGAAGCUAUUACUUUGCGAAUAACUAGACUGAAUCGGCAGAUAUUAGGCAAAGUAACAAGUGGCACGAGUAAAUUUAGUAAGAGAACUCUAGACCGCGAGGCGUUAUUGGAUGCUUUGACUGUUUUGUAUGAUGAGUGCAAUGAUGAUCCUGUUAAAAAGACCGAUGAGCUGGUACGAGCAUUUGUUGAUAAAUACCGCAGCACAUUGGCAGAGCUUCGGCGCACUAGAGUAUGUUAUUCAGACUUUGAAGUGCUACAGACCAUCGGCAGGGGAUAUUUCGGUGAAGUACAUAUGGUGAAAGAAAAGCAGACAGGAGAUGUAUAUGCAUUGAAAACAUUGCGUAAGGAACAGGCUCGGAAACAAGAAAUAACUUCAGUAGAAGAUGAGAGAGAUGUACUCGCUGCGGCUACUAGUCCAUGGCUUCCAAGACUGCAAUAUGCCUUUCAGGACAGCAACAAUCUGUACUUAGUAAUGGAACUGUGCUAUGGUGGAGAUCUGGCGGGACUCCUAGCUAGGCGUAACCACCCCUUGUCAGAGAGAGAUGCUGCAUUCUAUGUGGCUGAGGUGGCUCAUGCACUCAAAGCACUGCACGGCAUGGGAUAUGUCCAUAGAGAUGUCAAACCACACAACAUAUUGCUAGAUCGAUGCGGCCACGUGAAGCUGGGCGACCUGGGCUCGGUGGGGCGGCUGUCGGGCGGCGGCGCGGCGGCGGCGGCGGGCACGGCCGACUACGUGGCGCCCGAGCUGCUCGCCGCCGCGCACUGCGCCGCCACACACUCUGUCUGUCUCCAGUAUUGUGGCCGCGUUGUUACACAGGCCAUUUCGGCGUGCGACUACUGGUCGCUAGGAGUGGUCGCGUUUGAGCUCGUCACACUGAAGCGGCCCUUCUCUAAAGGAGAUGAAGAUUCCAUGAUUGAGAUUCUCAGUAACAUCCAAAAAUACGAGCGGUCGCCCACCGCCGAGCCGCCGUUCGAGCCGCCCCCUCACGGGCCGUCGGCCGCGUGGCGCUCGCUGGUGGGCGGCCUGCUGCGCGUGCAGCCCGCGCGCCGCUACUCCUACCUCGACACGCUGCAGCACCAGGCGCUUGCGCAUAUACCCGUGCACUCUAUUAGAGAUCAGGUACCGCCGUGGGUGCCGCUGGUGCGCGGCGCGGAGGACGCGUCGUGGCUGGUGGCGCCGCCGCGCCGACCCGCGCCACCCAGCGCCGCGCCCUUCCGCACCAGGCCACCCUUCGCAGGACAACUGCCUUUCGUCGGCUAUUCAUACGUGGCGCCGGAAGAUAACGACGAUAGUAGCGGCGGGUUUAAUGCAUCCCACGACUGCACCGCCAUCGAUUUGGCUACUUUUAAAUCACUAGAGAAGUUAGCGACGAUGCGCAGCCGCGAGAUCGCGUCGCUGCAAGGCCAGCUGGCGUCGGCGGAGGCGUCCACCGCCGCGGCCGUGGAGCGCACGCGCCGCGAGCUGGAGAGCGACGCCGAGCGGCAGCGCGCCCGUCUGCAGGCCGACAUUACUGCGCUCACGCUGCAAAACAAGCGGCUUGAGCGCCAAGUUGAAGUAGAAAAAGAGGAACGCAUGGCCCUACAACGAAGCAACCAGGAACUAAGCUCAGGCAUAGCAGAGCGUAACAACAUAGUGGCGAGAGAGGCGCGGGCGGAAGUGGCGCAGCUGCAAGCCGAAAGGGACGGCAUGAGGGAGGACAUGCGGCGGCUGGAGACGCGGAUCGAGGAGCUGCAGGCGGAGUGCGCAAGCGCCGUAGCCAGCGCGGAGGCGCAACGCGCUCAGCAUCAACAUUAUAAGAAUAUAAUAGAACAGGUCCGGGACCUACGCCACAGAAGACUGACGGAAAUCAACGUGCGCGCCAUUGACAGCGUAGCCAAAGAGCGUGCGAUUCGGCGUCAGACGUUAAGCGGAAGCGAGGCAGAGGUUCGCGAUGCGGCCGCGCGCGUCGCCGCCGCCGAGGCCAGCGCCGCCAGGGAAGCGCGCGCCAGGGAACACGCCGAGAGCACACUCGCCGCGCUCGAGCAGCAGCACAGGGCAGUACAGGACGAGCUCGACAAGGCGACUCGCGAGCUAGCGGCUGCACGGGAGUCUCUUAGUGAGAGACAGCGCGUCGCCGAGACGUCGUCUGAUCAGCUGAAGGAAGUUCAACAACAGUUGGCGCAAGAACGCUUCCGUGCAUCUUCUUUACAAGCUCAAGUACAGGAGUUGGAGCGCGGCGUGGAGGAGUCCGCGCGGCGCGAGGCGGCGCUCGAGGAGCAGGGCGCGCGCACCGAGUCGCGCCUGCACGACCGGCUCACCGCCGCCGAGGCGCGCGCCGCCGACGCGCUGCACGAGGACGCACGCCACAGGGAAAAGGUCAACACGUUAGAGCAACUGGUCCGACAGCUAGAACGCGAAGUUACCGCUUUGGAAAAUCGCGUGUGUACACGAUGUGCGGCACGAGCUGCAGAGGAGCAAGCUAGAACCACCACUGGCACUAACACAAGUGUUACAACUCGCAAAUCGACUGGCAUAACUGCUAACACAUCUACUGAGGCGGCAGUCAGUAGUACUACUGCUACGUCUGAUAGUAAUGUAGCUGGUCCCUCUGGAGAUGCUGGAGCGCCAGUGGUGCGAGAAGGUAGAGACAGCACAGACACUGCCCGCUGCGACGCGCACAGCGACACCGAGAGCUUAGCAGACGCGGCAGCGGCGAGCGUGGCGCACGCGCAACUCUCAUUGCUCAAGGAACAACUCGAACGAGCUGAGACGCAACUGCAGGCUAGAUCUGAAGAAAUUGCGACUUUACGACAAGAAACCAGAGCAGCGAACUUAGCGAGAUGGAGAAAGGAACGUGAAUACAACGAAUUAUCAGUGGAAGCUAAGUCUACCGCUCGAGACCUCAAACGCGUAGAAGAGCGUGUAUCAGGCGCGAUAGAGGCUCGCAAGGCGGCGGAACAGAAGGCAGCGAGUCUGCAGAGCGAGCUCACCGCGUUACGUCCACAGUACGAACAAGCCAGCGCGGAGGCCGCGAGGCUGAAGGAACAGUUGGACAAGUUGAAGAAGAUGCACGAAGGGGCACAGGCUGAAGUCGACAGAUCCCGAAACGACAUCCGCAAAUUGAAGAGCGAGCUACAAUACAGCGAGAAACGGCGGCUGCACGCCGAAGAACAGGAGGAGCUCUCCAGCCGCGAGCGAGCUCAGCUGAGGGACGAGCUGCAGCAGGUCCGCCAACACAACACCGACCUAACCGAGAACAACAAAGCAUUACAAGAAGCGUGUAGCUUGCUGGAGGAACAGCUAACAGACUUGGAGAGGCUCACAGACAUUCACGAAGUUAAAAAUAAAGAUCUCGAGAGUGAAGUGCAGCGCAUGCGGUCGGAGCUGGAGAGUUGUCGCGCGCGCCUCGCGGACGCAGAGCGCGCGGCCGUGGAGCGCGCCGCCGCCGCCGACACCGCCACCCACCAACACAUGCGCGCCAGGGACGAGGCCGACCACGCCGCCUGCCAGCUGCAGCUCCUACAGGAGAGAUUGGAGACGCGGUCGCAGCGCGUGUCAGAGCUGGAGACGUCGGUGGCGGCGCUGGAGGGCGCUCUGGCCGCCCGCGAUGCUGCCCUGCGCAGCGCCGCGCGCCGCACCGCCGACCUACUGGAGGAGAGCGCCGCAUUGCGCACGCGCGCGCACCACCACCACUCCCACGCGCUCGCACUGCAGGCGCAGCUCGCCGAAGUGCAGGAGGAGUUGGCGGCAGCUCGUGAGGCGGCCGAAGCGGCAACGGCGUGGUGGCGCACCCGAGAGGCCAAGUCCGACGCCACGCUGCGACAACAGACUAAACUCAUCGACUUCCUUCAGGCUAAAGUUGAAGAAGCUAAUCGCAAAAAGUGUUCUCUGAGCAACAAACUAUUCGGUCGGUCAGGACGACGGAACGCUGCCUCGCCACCACUUCGACGUGCUAACAGAGAACUUCGUGAAGAGGUUGAAAGACUUCGCGCUAAACUAGCCACGAAUAGCACUAAUGGAGACAGCUACCCACCCACGCCUAGAAGAGAGAAGCCUAAACCACUAACAAGUAAUGGAUUUAAAAGCAUAGACACUCCCGACAGUGUCGAUGAAAAUACGCUGCAGAUUGUAUGGCCGGAUGGUGUACGAGAGCGUUACCACGCCAAUUGUGCGAAUGGUGUGUUGGUUUUGACCAGUGGUGCUAAAGAGUUGCGCGCUAAGUUACAUCAUAUGGAUCCGAAGAACUUGCCGCAAAACGAAUCCAACAGAGCCUUUUCCAUCAAGUUGGAGAACAGUGCGCUGUGGUCGGAGGCGGCGGUGGUGUGCGCCACCAUUGCGGCGCGUGCGCUGUGGGUGUCGCGCCUCUCGACGCACUCCCCGCGCCUCUCGCACUCCCCGCGCCCACCCCGCGCCGCCGCGCGUUAUACUGCAGCCGCGCUGACUAACGUGACAAACGAGCCAUACACCGCACUCUAUCUCGCCCCUCAUGUGUUCGCCAUAGGUUGCGCCGACGGUCUAUACUCGCUGCGCACCGGCGUCGAUAUCGUGUGGGAGAUUUCGCCUCCGCGUACGACAGACAGUAACAGUAUAAGCUGUUUGAGCGCCACGUGUGGGCGGGCGCUGCUAGUGUGCGGCGGCGUGCUGGCGCAGGCGGGCCUGCUGCAGCUCGGCUCCACCAUGCGCCGCGCCAGCAACCUGCACCCUACGGUCACUCUCAGCCCCAUUACACUACCUGAUUCCAACACUCCGCAUAUUGUUAAGGCAUUAUCUGGCGAUACAAUGGAAGGUCCGUGUGCAGCGGUGGCUAGCGGUCGCCGCGUAUUCUUGUUGCGAUUCGACGCCGCCGCCUCCGAAUUCAAAAUAUUCCGCUCCUUAACUGUAGACAGGCUGCCAAACUCGCUUUUGCUCACUAAUAAAUGUCUCUACGUAGCAGGGGAGAAGCCUUUGAAAAUAAAUUUACCAUCCGGUGCGCUAGAAUCGUUCGCCAUGGAUGAACUAACCGUCGCUGCAGCAGCUAGAAAACAUUCGCCUCCUAAAGCUAUAUUGUUAAUUCGAGAAAAACCAAUCGAAAUUCUUCUCUGUUACGCCGAAUGCGGCGUAUUCGUUGAUGAGAAUGGGAAGCGCACGCGUAACGAAGAUCCCAAGUGGAGUUCGGCUAUACACGCAUGGGAAUUCAUCAACCCAUUCUUAUACUUAGUUGGAGAAGAAAAAGUGACAAUACUUUACAUAAACGAAGAAGUUUAUAAAGCUCCGCCGUGCACUUGCGACACGACCUCACUAACAUCAACUGAAACCGACUGCUGUAACUCGCCACAGACCUUCAAUUUGAAACUCCAAGAACCGCAGUUAUUAGGCACAACUCCAAAUGGUAUCAUAAUACGAUCCAAAACCGAUGAAGGUUACGAGGUGUCAGUCAUAGAAGGUAUGCCUGCGUUCAAGAGCAUUGGCGCAUCUAUUGAAUCGUUAGAAACUAUUUCUGAUACAAAAGGAUCUUCGUCGGAUUUAGCGCAGUCCGUGUCUGAUCUAUCGCCCCAAGAAGUGUCACAGGAAAGUAUAGAAAUGACAACAGGAUUCCUUGCAGACAUAAGAAAGAAAGCGCGACAGUUGCGGCUUAAGAAUCGUAAAGAACAAAACGCAGAUGACGUCAUUAAAGAAAUUCUGACCACUGAAGUGAGUUUGAAUCGCACAUCGACCGGCAGGAAAUCACCCGCUACUAAUUCUGAAUUCGAUUCAGAUUCCACGGAAAGCGAAGAAAGGACCACCAACUCAACUAAAUGCACUGCGGACGUUUGUGCCGAGAUUUUUGCGAGACAAGUGAGAUUCCAGUAACCCUGCAGUUAUAAUAUGGCUCUUAAUAUGGACAAACAUGUUUUGUGGAAUUCUACCAGCAUAAUUGAAUAAACAUUCGAUCUCGCAUAAAAUUUGCCCAUAUUAAACCAUAAACUAAAAAAAUAUUAAAAUUGACAUGAAUAUAACAUAUCGACAUUCAAUUUAACGCCGAGUACUUAGAAUACAGUCUUUUAAUAAUUACAGUAAUAUUUAAUGUGCGAGCUUAGUUAUAUAUA